AAAAGGAAAAAAAAUGGUUGAUGUUUUUUUAUUUUCUAUUUUUUAUCUUUAUUUUCCUUCUUUGUUAAUCGAGUAACAGCGAGACAGGCAGAAAGAUUAUGUUUUCUGAUGUCAUGAUCUGUAGCAUUCGAGUAGUAGAGGGGUCAUUUUGCACUUCUUUUAAGUAGAGGGGCAAUCAUGCUACAACAAUUAAAGUAGAGGGGCUAUGUUGCAGCUUCUGCCGUCAAAGAACCCAUUCGACACGGCAAAAGAAAAAAAAAAAAAAAGAGGUGGGAAUGAGGUGUUCUUUGACUCGUUAAAGUCUUAGUCUUUAGUUUUUGAUUUUGACUUUUUUGUUUUUUUGGUAAAUGAUUUUGACUUUUUUGGUCUGCUAAUCUUAAUUUCUAUAGAAAUCAAGUGUACUGUUUACGCCCAAUGGAAAACUCAUUGUAUGGAGCAGCAACACUGGUAUUCGUUUUGAGACUUUACACCACUGUAGUUGUUAUCAUCAUCAAGUGCACUGUUUACUGCUAGAAAGAGAGAGCUGUUGUCAGAAACUGGAGGAUUUGCACACGCUAGUUAACAUUCAAAGCUGAUUCUCAUGUGGAACUGAUAUCAUCACCUCAUCCACUAAUCUUAGUGAUGGUAGAACCUUGGUUUCUAGUGAUGGAAGCUUUGAACUUGGAUUCUUCAGUACUGGAAGUUCAGCCAAGAGCCGUUACUUGGGAAUUUGGUUCAAGAAUGUCCCAGUUCAAAACGUUGUUUGGGUUGCAAACAGGUGCGAACCGAUUGAUGACACGUCUGGUGUUUUGAUGAUAAACAGCAAAGGUAAUCUGGUACUUCUCAAUCAAAGCGGGAGUGUUGUUUGGGCAUCAAACUCAAAGAAAGAAGCUCAAAACCCAGUACUGCAGCUCCUGGAUUCUGGAAAUCUUG